GCUAAGAUCCCUGUGGGAGGAAGGUGAAGAACAAUAUGGAUGGGCUCCUAGAACAGACCAGUGUGUUAAUGCACAGUAAAAUCGCUGAAGCUGGGAAAAAGAAUGGCUUAAUUAACACCAGGAACUUAAUGGCGGAGAACAGAGAUGGCCUGGUCUCCGUGUACCCAGCCCCACAGUACCAGAGCCACAUCGUGGGGAACCUCGCUGCUCAAAGCAGGAGCGACCCGGUGCAGCAGCUGCUGGACCCCAAUACGCUCCAACAGACCGUGGGGUCCCACUACCGCCCCAACAUCAUCCUCUACUCGGAGAAUGUGCUGCGCUCCUGGGGGGAGAGCGUGAGCGCCGAGUGCUGUGAGACCACCUUCAUUGAGGACCGCUCCCCCACUAAGGACAGCCUGGAGUACCCCGACAGCAAGUUCAUCGACCUCUCCGCUGACGACAUCAAGAUCCACACCCUCUCCUAUGACGUGGAGGAAGACGAGGAUUUCCAGGAGCUGGAGAGGAGGAAGGAGAGACGCCCUCCUUCCCCUCCUAUUGCUGUAGGGAGCAGCAUCGGCUGGUGGCUCAGGCGCUGGGCUCAGGAGACCUGCGUCCUGCUCCCACGUCUGCCCCCGACCUUCAAUGUGACCUUGCAGCAUUCUGUGCCCUG